GUACUAUAUAUACGAUGAUGGUUUCUCUUGUCUGCCAGUCUUGUCUCUUGUGUUGCUGUGUUGUCGAUGUCGUUCUGUUUCCCGUAGGACUUUGAUACUACUACUAUUACUACCGCUUGCUACUAGCUACUCCUUACUGUUUGCUUGCUCAGCCGUGUGCUUGGAUUUUAGGUAGUUAGGUACCUAUCCUAUAUAACAAAUCCUUACGAGAGAGAGAGAGAGAGAGUAUCAUCCACGAUGAAGGCCACCGCAGCAGCAUUCGCGCUCCUCGUGGCCGGCACUCAAGCCGCCCCGCAUUACACGUUCCCGAAGCUGGCGGGCACGUCGGACUGGUCGUCGGUGCGGCAGACGGCCAACUUCCAGUCCAACGGCCCCGUGACGGACGUCGGCUCCGACGCCAUCCGCUGCUACCAGCGCGCGCCGGGCGGCGCGCCCGAGACCGCCCAGGUCAAGGCCGGGGGCCAGAUCACUUGGGUUGCGAACCCGAAUAUUUACCACCCUGGAGCUCUCUCGGCAUACAUGGCCAAGGUCCCAUCGGGCAAGACGGCAGCCGACUGGGACGGUAGCGGAAAGGUGUGGUUCAAGGUAUUCCAGGACAUGCCGUCGGUGUCUGGCGGGCAGUACAACUGGCCAUCGAACGGCAAAUCGCAAAUCAGCUUCGCGAUCCCGCAGUGCCUCGCGGAGGGCGACUACCUGUUCCGGAUCGAGCACGUAGCGCUGCACUCGGCGUCGGCGGCGGGCGGCGCGCAGUUCUACAUCUCGUGCGCGCAGGUCCACGUCUCGGGGGGGUCCGGGUCCGCCCAGCCCAAGGAGCUCGUCUCGUUCCCCGGCGCGUACAAGGCCACCGACCCGGGCCUCAUGAUUAAUAUCUACAAUAACGGCGGGAAGGCGUACCAGCCCGCGGGGCCGAGCGUGUUUACUUGUUAGAUAGGGG